AUGGCGCAUGCCUAUUGCCUAUGUAUUUACCGUUACUGUUUAGCGUUUUUAUUUAAUUUUAAGAUUUUUUAAAUGAAUAACUUUGAAUUAAAGUUUAAUAAAAUGUACGUAAAUAUAAAUUAGUCGUUGUAACUUGCUUUGAAGGACAGAAAAAUGGCUAAAGAGAAAAAUGCUUCUUCGUCGUCGAAAAUAUGGUGGAUAACUUUUGGAUUGGUAUGUGGUGCUACUUUCUUGACAAGAUUUUAUAAAGUAUUAGAACCUGAUCAUGUUUGUUGGGAUGAGACUCAUUUUGGUAAAAUGGCAAGCAGUUACAUAAACAGAACUUUCUUUUUUGAUGUUCAUCCUCCACUUGGAAAGAUGCUCAUUGCAUUGUCUGGAAAACUGACAGGCUAUGAUGGUACUUUUCAUUUUGAAAAACCUGGCAGCAAGUUUGAAGGAGCUAGAUAUGAGGGGAUGAGAAUUUUCUGCACAACAUUGGGAGCUUUGAUUAUACCUCUAACAUUUUUGACUAUAUGGGAGAUGACAAAGAACCUUGAUGCAACAGUGAUUGGCACCUUGCUAUUACUGUGUGAUGUGGGCUUCUUGACACUUAAUAGAUACAUUCUGCUGGAUCCAAUACUAUUGUUCUUCAUGAGCUGCACCAUAUAUGGCGUAUUUAAGGUUCGUUCUCUGACCGAUGAGGGCCUGGCACCGUUCUCAGCGCGUAUGCUCGCUUGGCAGCUGUGGCUUGGCGCGGCGCUCGCAUGCACCAUAUCCGUGAAGUUCGUCGGACUGUUUGUGGUACUUUUCGCCGGGUUACGCACUCUCGCCGACCUGUGGAACGUUCUCGGCGACUUGACGAAGCCUGUCAGUUACACUGUGAAGCAUUUGAUCGGCAGAAGCAUUACAUUGAUUAUUUGGCCCAUACUACUCUACGUGUUUUUCUUCUGGAUUCAUCUUACAGUGCUCAGCAAAAGCGGUAACGGCGACGGGUUCUACUCAUCGGGUUUCCAAGCGCGGUUAGAAGGCAACAGUCUGAACAACGCCAGCGCGCCGCGCGUGCUCGCCUACGGCGCCGCCGUCACGCUCAAGAACCACCGCACGGGCGGCGGCUACCUGCACUCGCACCAUCACCUCUACCCCGCCGGCGCCGGCGCCAAGCAGCAGCAGAUAACAACUUACACUCACAAAGACGAGAACAACAAGUGGAUAGUGAAGCCGUACGACCGCGAGCAGGUGGCCGGCGUCGUACUGGUACGCAGCGGCGACCUGGUGCGCCUGACGCACGCGGCCACCGGGCGGAACCUCCACUCGCACCGGGAGCGGGCGCCCAUGACCGGCAAGUUCAUGCAGGUCACUGGGUACGGUGAGGAUGGAGUUGGCGAUGCUAACGACGUAUGGAAGAUAAUAGUAUCUGGCGGCAAAGAUGGCGACGAGAUACAAACAGUGCGGAGCAAACUCGUGUUCAUACACUACUUGCAGUCGUGUGCGCUGACGACUACGGGCAAGCAGCUGCCCAAGUGGGGCUUCGAGCAGCAGGAGGUCGCGUGCAACCCCAACCUGCGCGACAACAACGCGCUGUGGAACGUCGAGGACAACGUGUUCGAUCAGUUGCCAAAGAUGAGUUUCGAGGUGUACGCGUCGAGCUUCCUGGAGCGGCUGGUGGAGUCGCACGCAGUGAUGCUUCACGGCAACGCGGGGCUCAAGCCCAAGGAGGGCGAGGUCACCUCGCAGCCCUGGCAGUGGCCCAUCAAUUACAGGGGUCAGUUUUUCUCGGCGAAUUCUCACAGAAUCUAUUUACUUGGCAACCCAGUGGUGUGGUGGGGGAAUCUGGCGUUCCUUGCGAUAUUCUUCGUGCUGUUCAUCGUUAACUCUAUUAGAGAAAAGCGCGCGCAAGCAUUUGGAAGAAUAGUGGAAGGUGACUCGUCCCUGCUGAACGCGGCGGGCUGGAACUUCGUGGGCUGGGCGCUGCACUACGUGCCCUUCUGGGCCAUGGGGCGCGUCCUCUACUUCCACCACUACUUCCCGGCGCUCGUCUUCAGCUCUAUGCUUACUGGUAUUAUCACAGUAUACCUGCUGCAGAGUAUCAAGAGCUAUCUGAGCCGCGAGCUAGGCCGCGCGGUGUACCAGGGCGCCACGGGGCUGGUGGUGUCCACCACGGUGUACAGCUUCCACCUGUUCGCGCCGCUCGCCUACGGCAUGAGCGGGCCCCUGGCGAACGAGCCCAACUCCACCGUCGCGGGCCUGCGGUGGCUAGACACGUGGGAGUUUUAAAACUCGGCCUAAAAGACUAUAGUCCGGCAAUUUGUUGAUGUCACCGAAAAGAAACCGAAAGGGGUGUGGAUUGUCUUCCUACUCCUAACAUGUUGGCCCGCUUCCAUCUUAGAUUGCAUCAUCACUUACCAUCAGGUGAGAUUGUUGUCAAGGGCUAACUUGUAAAUAAUAAAAAUAAACACUCCCGUGGUAUGCGAGCGACGAGGGGAAAGACCGCGCGGGUGUGAAAUCGACAGUUGACUGUUUGACUGGACAGUUAAGAGACAGACAUUGCGAAAUCAAGCAAGCAAGAUCUUUCUUUCUUUUCUUUAAAUCGUGGUGCGUCAGUCGUGAGUUUUUCAUUCAUCGCUACACACCCCCUUGGCGCGCUUUCGCAUCGAGAGUGUUACAAACGAAGUUGCCAAGCUAUAGUGUUAGUUAGUGUUUUAUGUAUGUACGGCUAUAACAGUCAGAUGCGGGUGGUAGAGGCAAGCGCCUGGCUUCGUUACCGCUGAUACCUACAAAUGACAAUAGGCAUUGAGUUGUGGAAGCUAUACCCAGACCAUACAUAUAUAAAACAGUGGAAUAUAUAAUAUAAAUAGAAUAAGGACUAGUUUAUUAUUGUGGGUGUACCAGGGCGCCAUGGGGUUGAUGGAGUAUUCAUAAUAAUUACAUGAAUAAUGUUUGCAUAAUAUAAAGUUUGACAUAAUCGAUACUAGAUGACACUUGGGAGUUUUAGCACUUGGACUAAAAGACUAGUGCAAACGAACCACCUGCUACUAUAGUCGAAUGUGGUUUAUGUAUGUACGUCUAUUACAGUCCGAACCGGGUAGUAGAGGCGCGCGCCUGGCUACGUUACCGCUGAUACCUAAAAAGGACAAAAGGCAAUCAAAUUGUGGAAGCUUUACCCAUACCGUGCAUAUAUAAAACAGUGGAAUAGAUAGAAUAAGACUUUGUUUAUUAUUGUGGGUGUACCAGGGCGCCAUGAGGCUGGUGGUGUUUUCAUAAUAAUUAUAUGCAUAAUGUUUGCACAGUAUUUUGACGUGAUCGAUACUGGAUGACACUAGGGAGUUUUAGCACUCGGACUAAAAGACUAGUGCAAACGAACCUCCUGCUACUAUAGUCGGAUGUGUUUUAUGUACAACGAUUACAGUACGGUGCGGGUAGUAAGGAAUCGCGCGACUGGCUACGUUACCGCUGAUACCUAAAAAGGACAAAAGGCAAUCAAAUUGUGGAAGUUUUACCAUACCUUACAUAUAUAAAACAGUGGAAUAGAUAGAAUAAGGAUUAGUUUAUUAUUGGGGGUGUACCAGGGCGCCAUGGAGUUGGUGGUGUCUUCAUAAUAAUUAUAUGCAUAAUGUUUGCGCAGUAUUUUGACGUGAUCGAUUCUAGAUGACACUUGGGAGUUUUAGCACUCGGGCUAAAAGUCCAUACUAACCUUACCUACUAUGUUACAAGAAAUUGACUGUGUACUUUAAAUUAUAAGUGCAUUUACAAUACAUACAAUAGUUUUGAUAUUUUUAUAUAGAUUCCGUCCGAUAAUAGUUAAUAAGUUAGUAAUAAGUCUUGGAUAUAAGGUGACCAGAAUACUCUUAUUUUUAGAACCUUUAUUUUUUGUUAAAGUAAGUUAAAAGAUUUAUAAAUUUAAUAUAUAAUCAAUAUAAUAUA